GUUGUCCUAGCAUGCGGAGAUCAAGGACGAAGACUCUUCAACUUAUGGAGUCUUCGUCCUCUUGGCAUAUUAGGGCGACUAGUUCUAUUUCUGAUUAAUACAUAUUAUUCUAAUUUAUUUUUGGACUUUUGGCAAGGGUUGAUAGUUAUAAAAAACAUCUAAAUCUCAGCUCUAGAGAAGAUCCAUUGCAGAGCAAGGUUUGAGCUUCAAACAAGUAUUUGAUAUAUAAAUUGGUUUGUUUUUUCUGUGCCUCAAUUUCAAUCUCUGAAAAAGAGAUGAGUCGUCGGGACACUUUAUACGUUCAAAUCGACAAAAAGCUUAGAGAUUUGCCUUCUAAUCACUCAACAUGCAGUAUUUUCAAGGUUCCUGGUCGCCUCCGCCAUGUAAACGAAAGGGCAUUUGAGCCGGAAAUCCUCUCCAUCGGCCCUUAUCAUCGUGGAAAGGAUAAAUUGAAGAUGAUGGAAGAACAUAAAAAACGUUAUCUACAAAAGCUUCUUCAACGCAGAGCGGAAAGUAGCGUGCAAAGAUAUGUUACGGCCAUGAUUAGGGUGGAAGGAGAAGCUCGUAAAUUUUAUGAUCAGUCCGUAAGUCUAGGCCAGGAUGAAUUUGUCGAAAUGCUGCUUCUUGAUGGUUGCUUCAUUGUUGAGCUUAUUCGCAAGUAUAACAAUAUUCCAGGAGUAAGAGAUGACAAUGACCCUGUUUUCGAAGUGUCAUGGAUCCUCUCAAGCAUAGAAACUGAUAUGUUUUUACUUGAAAAUCAACUUCCAUUCUUUGUUCUUUGGGAGUUGUUUACUAUGACGUCUGAGGUGCAGAACGAAGACUUCUUUGGUAUGGCCUUAAGUUUUUGCCAGCGGAUAUUUCCAGGCUCAGGAAACCAUAGAAUUCCUGAGAAUAAAUACGAGCAUCUUCUGGAAAUAUUAUAUCAUACUGGGUAUCAGCCGCCUAUUACGAGGGCAUCACAGGACAACGAUCGGUAUUUCAUACGCAAUGCCAAAGAGCUGCAAGAAGCUGGCAUUAAAUUGAAAAAGCGAGAGGGGUCAGAGAGGUUGUUUGAUGUUGUCUUCUUGGAAAAUGGCACGAUAGAAAUCCCAUGUUUGAGAAUUUAUGACACAACAGAGUCGCUAUUCCGAAAUCUUGUAGCCUAUGAACAGUGCUCGCAGAGCAAGCAUCUGUACGUCACUGAUUAUAUAACUCUGAUGGAUUGUUUAAUCAGCACUCAAGAAGAUGUGCAGAUACUUCGACACUCGGGAAUUAUUGAAAAUGGGUUGGGCGAUGAUGGAAUGGUCUGCUCCUUGUUCAAUAAACUAGGCAUAAAUGUCAUUCUCUCCCAUCGUCGUUACUUCUAUUAUGAUAAAGUAUUCGACGGUGUGAAGGAGCAUUGCAAUCGGAAGCGCAAUGUAUGGAUGGCGAAACUGCAGCAUAAUUAUUUCAACAGUCCAUGGGCACUGCUUUCGUUUUUAGCCGCUGUUGCAUUGCUUCUAUUCACCCUGGUACAAACUGUGUUUACAGUCAUGUCUUAUUUCCAAAAGGAUUAGCGUGACACAGAUCCAUUACAGAAUGCUGUCUUGUUUCAAAUAAUUAAACUCUCCAACCAUCUUUUCCAUGUUAGACAAUCUUCAGCUGAAGAAAGUCUGUGUUUGAUGGAUCAAUGGUAUAUCUCUGCCUUUCUCCGAUUCUGAAUGAAUGCUUAUGUAUUCGUGAUUCUAAUAGAACUUCAUAUGCCUGUAUUUGAUGGAUCAAUUAUGUAAUAAUGACUAUGCUUUGUUAUUCUAAUGCCGAAUGAAGGUUUUUAUUUUCUUUA